GGAAGUGGACGUCUCCGUUUGUGGCGGAUGAUUACGGUUUCUUUGUUUGUCUCGUCGCGCUUUGUUGUUGACUUGUCAAUUCGCGAGAGGUUGCGAAUCCUUUGUGGGAGUAUCCGGUUGACACAGACGCUACUUGUGCUGUCGGUGACAAAGAAAACGGUUAAUUUUCUAAGGGUGGGAAAAUGUGUAGAUGAAAUCGCGUCGUCAGCGAUUUGAAGAUGCGUGGAAAAUAAAGGACAAGACAGAACGUAUUGUGGUAAGCCUAGCUUGCUUUGAUCAGUUUGUUCUCGCGACACUAGCCACGUGGCCUGUACGUGACGCGGUUUAUCGGUGUUGCGGAUAAAUUGUGCAGAGUGGCUUAUAGUGACAUCAAGAUUAAUGCAGGAUUAUCGAGAGUAUAAAGCGAAGGGGGACAAAAGAAUCGUUGAUGCAUAAGUGUGGAGGAGAGUAUGAAUUCUGGUUUCUUAUUGAUCGAGUGAAAAGAAUCCUGCUUCAGGGCAAUCGUUGCGGUGUGUGAACUGCUUUGACUUGUAUUUCGCGUUUUAAGCACAAGCACGGGGAGGGUGUGUGUGUGGAUUAAAGUGCAUUGCCAUGAGUACUUUCUGAAGGGCGCUCUCUGAUUUGUCGAUUGUGCGGAAGAUAUUGGUCUUCACAAAGGCGUUUAAAGCUGUAUUAUAAGAUUAAUAAUUCUCUCAUAAAACAUCGAACUCGACCCACCAAUAUUCUGGGUUGCCAAUUCGCCAUCAUCACAUCCUGCCAAAAAAAUCCAACCUGAUGGAAACGUUCAGAACCGUAGUAAAGUGAAAACACAAUAAAACUGUAAUCCGAAUAAUGCGACCAUAGUAGUGAGCUUCGUUGCAAAAGAAAACCGUCGACCGAUUGUGGUGUGGUGUGAAGUGUAAAUAUUCCAAUUUUUUAUUCUUCCAACCAACGUAUAACCGCAACAGAGAAAAAAGAAAGUGUGGAAAGGAAACCUAGCGGAGGAAAUAUUUGAUUUAUUCGUGGAAAGUUCUAGGAAGAUAAAUAUUCAAUUCAUUUCCCAUACUGCUUCUUUUUUUCCUGGUGAGCAGAGUUUAUCGUGCAGGGGCUGCAACUGUUGCAAGUUUUUAUUCUCUCCUGGUCCAUUCGAAGGAAUGAAGCUUCGGAAAAAUAUGGUGUGAGAAGUGAACCAGUAAAAAGUGCAUACCAGUAUUUACGGGGUUUGUGGAAAGGGUUUUUGGGUGCCCCGUUUGGCUGGCGUGUGAUAAAACAGUGCUUCUGAGGAUAGAGUGAAAUACUCAACGAAUCAUCAUGCUGCAGGUGACGGCAGACCGGAUGUCCGGAAGGCGUAGCAGCUCCAUCGGAUGUCGUUCGAUCGUUGGCCGGCGGACGUCGAUGUACAUCAACCAGACCCAGCACGACCGGGAUCCGUUCAAGCUCAUCCUGGAAAUAAACAGUGAAGUUGCCCUCUUCCGAGACCUGCUGAUACAUGUCGGGCAGUCACGAGACUGUCCGGAGCUGCGGGAAAAGAUCCGGAAACUGCGAAGAUCCUGCGUGGAAGCCUGCAAACACACGGCGGCCCUGAUACUGCCGCAAAUACGAACAGCACUAGCCGAGGGCAUCCUGGCAGACAACCCCCACCUAGUUCUGCUCUUCUACCUAGCUCAACUAUUCCUAAGAGAACUAAUCAAAAGUCACCGUUUGGUGCAGGUCAUUCCUAUGGAUAUGUCCGGUUAUUACGAAAAUCGUGCCGGUCCGUCGAACCUCGGCAAUGUGAUAAGUCAGAUAUUGCUGUGCAAACAGAUUACGCCAGACUUCAAUCAGGAGGAGCUGUGCAGCAUAACGAAGGAUUCGCAGGAGAUUGCCCGAAUAUUGCAGGAUCUGCAGGAGUUUAUGCCCCAGCAGGAAACCUACCUGGAGCGAACAAUAGCCCUUACAACCGAAAUCAACGGCCCAUGGCCAGCGAAGCGACGACGUGGUUCACUCUACAAAAACAUGGGCCUUCUGUGCUGUGUUUCGAGGCCAAACUACCUAUGAACAUAGAAGUACAAAGUCUAUCAGUGCAGCUUCCAGUCGGUAUCCAACAGGACCGGGCCGCUGUCCACCUCGCCUCGCUCAUCUCACCUGUACGUACACCGCCGACAGGUCCUAGGUGCCAUCAUCCCACCCACCUCCAGCUCCAACAGACGGCGAUGCAGUGCAGUGCAGUUCGUAUAGUGAUAAACUAUUAAUAUCCUUCGGGGGUUGCAGCUCCCGCCAACGCCUGAUGGCAUCGAAACCACGAAAAUCCCUGUACCUAUAGAUAAGUUUAUUUUUCGAUACGUGUGUUAUUUAGUCUAAACUGAAAAUGUGCUGUCGGUUGCAUGCUAGGUACAUGGUCACAAUUGCUGAGUGGUACUAGUUUAACCACUCUACGGCACCUGAAGUUAGUCGUUCGUUCCGAUCGAUUGGCGCUCGGGAGGGGCCCCUCUGGGUGGUAUCCUCUCUUUGUGUUUUCAUCAGGAACACAAUAUCAAACCGGAUUAAGGUUGCACAGAGAAAGGGUAAAAUUCGCAAACGAAAAAAGCAGUUUUUUUCCACACCGUAUGUCAGAUCUUCAUAAAAAUCAAUCAGCGUAUGUAGAAUGUUGUUACAGUACUGCUGAUUGAUUUUUAUGAAGAUCUGACAUACGGUGUGGAAAAAAACUGCUUUUUUCGUUUGCGAAUUUUACGCUUUCUCUGUGCAACCUUAAAGUCAAUUGAGCUCGAAAUUGGUUGGGAUCAGUAACAUUAUGAAAGGUGCACACUCUACAAGCUGUUGACUGGCGGUUCUUUCUAAAAUACACUAAACCAUCAGGACCACCCUGAAUGCAACUCCGUGCUAAAGGUACAUGGCAAAAAGAUAGAAGAAGAGUUGGGAUUUAGAAACCCCUUAGAACACAAACGGGUGUGUUCGAAAGCUGAGUUGAAGACCAAGUUGAGCCAGAACUAAUCAUGACAUCAAUUAAAGGCGGUCGACCGCAAAAUGUACACACAUACUGCCAACAAGCAAGCAAACAAGAACGAACGGAAAUAGACUCGUUGCUUUGGUGCUUGUUUUGCAGAUGUACAUAAGAGAGUAUAUUCAGCCGGCAGGUGCUACAAGGAUGCAGAGAAAAAAGAUAAAAUCUAAUAAGUGAAUGCCACUACAUAGCACGAUCUGGGAAUCAUUUGCGAUUUGCUGCUAAACAAUUCGACGAGUUUAUUUCUUCUCCUGUGACCGUUUUCUUCAAUUAAAAGUGCUGCAAUGUUUACCUGCCAGGUGUUCUGCAAAUUUUCAUCCUAUACACGUUUUCAUUAGUUUUUCCCCGACUAUAUUAGAGAAAAGUUUUACGGAGAAGUGUUUGUGAUUGUGCUUUACUGUAAAUUAAUUCGAACCAUUGAAUGAGAACCGACUGUUCAAUUUUCACAAACUGUUCGUGCUAAGCUUGGGUUUACAGUAACAUACAGUAGGCCUACUAUGAUGACGGUGAAUUCACAUCUUUGGGGUCGUACACUCAGGCAAAAAAUACAGCGAAUUUCAUAGAAAUAUCGUAUACUUUUUAGCCACAAGUAGCAUGUAUGAAAAUAAUAAGAUUAUCUUAUGAAACGGCAUUUAUUUUGUCAAAUCGGUUUGAUAUGAUUUCAUGUUCCAUAAGGCAUCUUUGUUUUAACAUAAGACUAUAUUAUACAUUUCUCUUAUAUUUAUGAGAAUCAUAAGAUGUUCGUAUGAAAUUCAAACGACUGGCAUAUGAAAUACCUUAUAAAAUUAAAAGAUAAUCAUAAAAGCCGUAUGUUUUUCAUGUUAUAAAAACAUAAUUUUGUUACUUUUCUAUGCAUCACAAGAUAAAUCUUAUGAAUUUCGUUCGUGAGUGUACAUAAGAUAUAUUUUCAUCGUGACUAACGGCUAACAUUUCAAUAUAGAAACUCCUUUUCAAUACAGCGAAUAAAAUGAGGAUAAAUUUUCGAGAUUCUAUAUCAUUUGUUGUACUGAAUCAAAUAAAACAAUUUUUGUACUAUUUUCUUGCGAGGAUGUCAACCAAUUUUGUAUUAAACUUUUAUGUAUCUGUGCCACUAAUUUCCUUUUUUUACACUGCACUACACCGGUGUAAUCGGUGCUACACUCAUACAAACUUGGGUGUAACCAGUCUAUCUCUUUUUUGCACUACGCCGUUAUAGCACUAGAUAAAAACGAAUAAACCAUUGAGGGAUUCCAUGAGAAACCGGCCGACCGCAAAAUAUGACCAUUGUCGAUUCGAACGAAACUUUGCAGGUGUGUUCGCUGUAUGAAUCUCCAUGAUAUUCUCUGGCAAUUGGAAUAUUUUGAUACAAGAGUAAUUUUUCAAAAGGGCGUAAGCGUUUCUACGUG